GAAAAACGCAUAUACAGGUAGCGGCUGAGUUCAAGCUGGAGAUAAGCUAAACCAUGGCGUCUCUGACUCCGUUUAUACGGCGCCGUUUCCUCUGCAGCAGCACCACCACCAAUGUCUCGAAGAAAUGGGCCGUGAAGGAAGUGACGAAGUCCAAUUUUUCCGAGUCCCUGGUGGAGUUCAAGGACCACCUGUCCAGCUCCGACUUCGUGGCCGUCUCGCUGCAGAAAACGGGGUCAUAUCGUGCGCCGUGGCACCGCCCUCAGCCCUUCGACACCGCCGACACGUCGUAUUGCAAGGCCAAGUACGCCGCUGAGCGCUUCCAACUCCUCCAGUUCGCCGCCUGCCCUUUCACUCUCAGAGCCUCCAAGCUUACUCCUUACCCAUACAACUUUGUCUUGUUCCCAAGGGAUGAAUUGAAGAUGGGGAUGCCAACUUAUAGCUUUUCAGUUCAAGCAUCACAUUUGACUUCCAUGGCGGAUGAAGGUUUUGAUUUCAAUGCCUGCAUAUAUAAUGGUAUUUCAUACUUGUCUAGAGCACAAGAAUCUGCGGCUAAAGCUCGGAUAGGGAAUCCGACUACCAGCAGCUAUGUAAUGAGCUCUUCUUCGACCCCUACUGUUGCUGAUACGGUUUUUGUUGAAAGAAUUAAAUCGCGAGUUAAGCAUUGGAAAAGUGCAUGUAAAAACACAAAGAAAGAUAAUGCUCUGCUGAGUUCCUUGAGAAAAAUUGUAAUGGGAAGUGAAAUUUACGGAACAAGACCCUGCAUGAAUCUAGAUGUUUGCAGUGAACGUCAAGUGCAGCUUGCUCUGGAGAUGUUGAAAGAGUUCUCUGAUGAACUUGUUCCUUUAAUAAUCCCAGCAAGGGGCGGAGGAACUCAGGCUGUUCGUGUUGUUUUGACAAGUUCUACCGCGGACAAGGACUUGUUUGAGAGAGAGCUCCAAAACCUUGAGGAGGAACAAAACAAGAGAGUUCGUGGAUUUCGAGAGGUGAUCGAUUUGAUUUCUGCUUCACAGAAACCUGUUGUCUCCCACAAUUCCCUGAACGAUUUCACAGUUAUUCAUUCAGAGUUUCUCUCUCCCCUCCCGACUAAUGUAGAUGAGUUCAUGGGUUCCUUGCACUCGGUUUUUACCCACAUACUUGAUGUCACCCAUCUGAUGAAGAAUAUUGGUCCUCUAAGAAAGAUGACCAAUAUUUCUGCAGCUAUUUCGUACUUGAAUAAUCAUUACUUCGCACCCAUUGAUAUGGAAAUUUUGCCCCAAGAAAGUGAAGGCAACAUUCAUAGGCAUAAUGUGGUGAAGAUGUGCUAUUUGUUUGCAAAGCUCUGCUCCAUUCUGAAAAUUUCCGACAACUCUAUGGUAUUUAACAAGGCAUUGUUGGCUCCAGCCAUCGAAGAGUACACAAACAUUUCCAAUCCAUGUUCUGACAGCCCCCAAGAAUCAACCAAUGAGGAUAUCAGAGUCUGGACAAAGAAUAUGAGAAAGGUCAGCUGUGAUCAAUUGGUAUUUUUAUGGGGAUUCAGGAGUGGGAUGACUGCAGGGAUGAUCAAGAGCUUGUUGUGCAAGUCACAUGCCGUCUUCUCUGAAGAAUUUGAUGUUCGGUUAGUGGACAAGAGCUGUGCCAUUGUUGUUUUCUGGCGACAUGGUUUAUCUGAAACUUUUUUGGAUGCCAUGAGCCGUGAAGAGAUUUGUGACUCUUUAAUGGAGAUCGCUUCGGAGGGCAUAAGAGCAUCAAGUUACGAAACUUACAAGAGAGUCUGCAGGUUAGGCUUAUGGGAGGCAGAUUUAGCGGAGUCCCUAGACAAAGCCUUGGAAGACUUGGACUACCUUGCGGAAGUUAAUUCAGCAACAAAUUCUAAAGAAAUUUAUUGGUCUAGCAACUCAGCGAUAAAUUUUGAUGACUUGUAAUAAUUAAAACUCCAUAUGUUAGAAAUGAGAUCAAUUUUGUUCUAAAACCCGUUGUACAA